UUUUACCUGGAGGAUCUAGUCUAAUAUUAUCAAAUGGUGGGGUAUUUGUUAGGUAACUCCUGGGUCUGUGAGUAGUUUACUAAAUUGGUGACAGGGCUGGAGGUUAUCAAAGCAGCUGAAGUUAAUCUGGAAUGUUGUUCCUCUACCUAUGCUCUGGUCCAUAUGGAAGCAGAGGAAUGAUUGUAUUUUCAAAAGUGCUCAGGCUGAUGUUGUGAGUUUGUGUGAUUCCAUCAAGGUGAGGAUUGCAUUGUGGAUCAGGUCCUCUUGCCCAGCUGUGGCUUACUCAGUCAAUGAGAUUGUUCAUCAUCUUCAACAGGUUAGAGUCUGCCUUGGCUGAGGUUUCUGUCUAGCUAAAUCAUGGGUGGUGGCCUGUGUAGGGUGGACCUUGAAGAGUGUGGGCUAUGAUUUUGGGAGGUUGUGUUAUGCUAUGGCUGGAUGAUUUGUUCUGCUGUUGAAUUUGUUUUGGACUGCUAUUCUCAGUAGUGGAAUGCUCUGCUACUGUGGUUAAAUUGGAUAUGUUAGGGCUAUCUACUGCUGUUGGACUGUUAUGCACUGAUAUAUCUGCCUGUGAUCUGUUCUGCUAUGAACUGAUAUGGACUGCUGAAUUGUUGAUCUGUCCUGAUAUGUUGUGGGUAAAUAUGAUAUGUUUGGUUUUUUUCCCUUGGAUGUGUAUGUUGUUGUUGUUGACGGUUGCAGGUGUUGUUGCUUGUGUCCAUCCUGUAAUAGAUCAGAUAUUAAAGGGUCUUGUCUCUAAGUGAAAAUUUGGGCUGCUGUUGGGGGUUUGGCUAGAAAGGUAUGGAGGGGUUGUUUCCCUUGGAUGUGUUCUGUUUGGAUUGAUCUGAGUUAAGGCUUACGUAUGCACUAUGAAGUGGUCUUGGCUAAGGUUCAAAUGGAUGCAAAGGACAAAACUUCUAAGGAUGAAGGCAUGAAGCUACUACUAUCAUAGACAUCACAAGCUUUGCCACUGCUGCAGUUCUCUGGAGCGUGGUCUGCAUUGAGGUCUGUGGGCUUACAAGGAGGUGUGCUGCUAGCUCUUGCUCUUGAUCUUUGUUGUUAAAGCCUUAAGCCUUAUACUGUUCUGCUAUGAUCUUCUGUUAGCUGCCCUGUUGCUGGAGCUACUUGUGUGUUGCAUGGUGUUUGCUGCUGUGAAGUGGGGUAUUGGCUGACUCAGGGCUGUGGAACAUUGGGAUGUUGUUCUGGUCUGGUGCUUUGCUUAUGGGUGAUUCUACAAGUGAAUUUUGUGGACUGAUUUGUGUGGGAAUGAAUUGUGUGGAAUGAACUGUGGGAUUGAAUUGGGGGUUGAGUUUAUGGGGUCUUCUUUUUACUUUCUUGCUGGGCAUGGUUUCUCAUCAUCCUUUUGUGGUUGAGCUUGCAGAUGAUGGAGCUUUCUUCUCGGUGCCAAUCUAGUUGGGAUUGCGUUUGUUAGCUAUGAUGUGCUUCUUCUCUUCCACCUCUUUAUUGAUGUUCUUCUCAUCUGUAAAUAUAUGUUUUCAUCAUCAAUAAAGUUCUUUUUUGCUGAUCAAAAUAAAAAUAAAAAUAAAUUGUACUUGUAUUUUCUCCUACGUGUUAAAGGGUAUUGACUAUCAUCAUGAUCAUCUUCAUUUUCAUAAAUAUUAGCUAUUGUAAGUUUGCAAUGCAUAGAAUACCUUAUUUGAUGCUCUUCUUCUUGUUCUUCUUCUUCCUCUUCUUCUUCAUGCCAAACUCCUUAUGGUGAAGUUAUUGUUAGCUACCAAAGGUUAUUCAGAUGCCAUCAUUGAGAUAGGAUAUAUUCUUAAAGAAUAUGAGAAUAAUCUGGAGGCAUUACUGCUACGUGGUCAUGCCUACUACUAUUUAGCUGAUCAUCAUGUUGCUUUAAGGUUUGUGUGACCAAAAUUUAAGCUAAACAACCCCUCCCCCUUCCAAAAAAAAGAAAAAAUAAACAUAGGAAGAAAAUAAGAAAGCAAAGUGAUAAAACAGACUAAAAUCUUGUUGAAAUUCUUUCAUUGGAUUUGUUAUACUUUGUCCAAAGUAUCCUUACAUUCAUAUGGAAAUUUUUAAAUGUCUUCCAUAGGCAUUUCCAGAAAGGUCUUCAUUUGGACCCGAGCAUCAUGAACUGAAGAAAGCUUAAUUUGGAUUGAAAAAUUUACUCAAGGAGACUAAAAACCUAAGCCCGAUAAGCUUUUCUGGAGCUUAAUAAUGGCCAUUUCCAUGUCAUCUUAUGUUGUUUUGUAACCUUUUGUUACCCUUAAACGUCGAUUUUUUUAUGCAGCCUGAAAAAAACAAAAAUAAGGGUCAGCCGCGUCUUGCAGUGGAAGACUACAAAGCGGCCCUUGCACUGGACCCAAAUCAUCUGGCACACAACAUUCACCUUCAUCUUGGUUUGUGAAAGGUCAUGUUUAAGCUUGGUAGGGGAAAAGAUGUUGUAAGUAAUUGCACAGAAGUACUUGACAUUGAUGAGGAGCUUGUUGAAGCUUUAAUUCAGAGGGGUGAAGCGAGACUUUUGAUAGAAGAUUGGAAGGGAGUUGUGGCAGAUCUAAAGCCUACAGUUGAAAAAUCACCUCAGGAUACUCAUAUUCACGAAGCACUGAUGAGAGCAGAGAGAUCGUUGAAGUUGAGCGAAAGAAAGGACUGGCACAAGAUUUUGGGAGCUUCAAAGACUGAGUUUUGAAACCUUUAGCUUGUUACGUAUUAUUUGGGGGAGCAUAACCAAAGGAUUUUUUAUGGAAAGGAAGCUCCAAUCUUGGAUGGAAAAGUAAAAUAUUAUUCCUUUUGUAUAGUUCAUUCUCGAAUGUAGUUGACCCUUGCUUGAAACAAUUCUUGGACUUUGACUUUUGAGUAAAGACUUAGGUAUGGUAAAGUGAUGCUUUUGUUUGCCUUAAAGUCUAUACGGCCUCUUGGUGCCUUUCUUUCAUAUAAUAAUACUUGAUACUUGAUCAAUAAAAGAGGAACUUUUUCAAGUCAAGGAGAUGCAAAUCCAGCUGCUUGUUUACUAUCACAUGAAGUUAAUAUUCUGGAAGUAGCAUCUAUUAUGCUGAUAGGGAAUUGAACCUGUUUGCUAAGUACAUGUUAAAGACAGUAAUUAGACUUGUAUAUAUUAAAGACAGCAAUUUAUUUUCAGUUCGUCCCAUUUAAUACUCCCAUGUGGGUGAUUUAAUGGUUGCUCUGUCCCAAAG